UCUGAGGGCUGAGGCAGCGUGGGGACGCGUGCGCAGUGCGCGAGCUGGCCGUCGUGGACGCCGCUCCGGGCAGCCAAGCCUCUGUGGCAGCCGGGGCCGCGGCGGCGCGGGUGCUCCGGGCCGAGGCCGCGUGUAAUGUUCAAGCUCAGCAAUGCCUUAUGUGGAUCGUCAGAAUCGCAUUUGUGGUUUUUUAGACAUUGAAGAAAAUGAAAACAGUGGGAAAUUUCUUCGAAGGUACUUCAUACUGGAUACCAGAGAAGAUAGUUUCGUGUGGUACAUGGAUAAUCCACAGAACCUACCUUCUGGAUCAUCACGUGUUGGAGCCAUUAAACUUACCUACAUUUCAAAGGUUAGCGAUGCUACUAAGCUAAGGCCAAAGGCGGAGUUCUGUUUUGUUAUGAAUGCAGGAAUGAGGAAGUACUUCCUACAAGCCAAUGAUCAGCAGGACCUGGUGGAAUGGGUAAAUGUGUUAAACAAAGCUAUAAAAAUUACAGUACCAAAGCAGUCAGACUCACAGCCUAAUUCUGAUAACCUAAGUCGCCAUGGUGAAUGUGGGAAAAAGCAAGUGUCUUACAGAACUGAUAUUGUUGGUGGCGUACCCAUCAUUACUCCCACUCAGAAAGAAGAAGUAAAUGAAUGUGGUGAAAGAAUUGACAGAAAUAAUCUGAAACGGUCACAAAGCCAUCUUCCUUACUUUACUCCUAAACCACCUCAAGAUAGUGCAGUUAUCAAAGCUGGAUAUUGUGUAAAACAAGGAGCAGUGAUGAAAAACUGGAAGAGAAGAUAUUUUCAGUUGGAUGAAAACACAAUAGGCUACUUCAAAUCUGAACUGGAAAAGGAACCUCUUCGCGUAAUACCACUUAAAGAGGUUCAUAAAGUCCAGGAAUGUAAGCAAAGUGACAUAAUGAUGAGGGACAACCUCUUUGAAAUUGUAACAACAUCUCGAACUUUCUAUGUCCAGGCUGAUAGCCCUGAAGAGAUGCACAGUUGGAUUAAAGCAGUCUCUGGCGCCAUUGUAGCCCAGCGGGGGCCCGGCAGAUCCACAUCUUCUAUGCGGCAGGCCAGAAGGCUGUCGAACCCUUGUAUACAGAGGUAUACAUCAAGAGCUGGUGAAUGCAGCACGAGCAUCCCCCCGGUCCUUCAGAAUCCAAACAUGCUUUCCGUCCUGCCAACGCAGCCGCCACCACCUCACAUUCCACAGCCUCUCGCAGCAACUCUUUGGUCUCAGCCUUUACCAUGGAGAAGCGAGGAUUUUAUGAAUCUCUUGCCAAGGUCAAGCCAGGGAACUUCAAGGUCCAGACUGUCUCUCCAAGAGAACCAGCUUCCAAAGUGACUGAACAAGCUCUGUUAAAACCUCAAAGUAAGAAUGGCCCUCAGGAAAAAGAUUGUGACCUGGUAGACUUGGAUGACGCGAGCCUUCCGGUCAGUGACGUGUGAGGCAGAAGUGCACGGAGCCUGCCUGCCUCUGCUGUCCUCAGUUUCCUUUCAUGAGGCUUCUAGCCAAAGAUGGUAAAGGGGAAAACGGUUUUUAGUGCGUAUAUUAUACUGCCUCUUAGGUGUACUCUUUAUAAGCUGGUAAACCAAGAAUCUAGGGAGUGGCCAAACUAAAUAUAAUUUCUUUAAAAAAGAAAGAAAAAGGAAAAAUCCAAAAUAUCUCAGUACUCUCUGUCUGAAGCAUUGCGUGUUCUCAUUCGGGUGGUAACAAUGUAUGUGUAAUAUUUUUUUCUUAGUGAUUUUGACAAUUUAAAUGUUUAACAACUUAAAACAUUAAAAAUGCUUAUUAAUAACUUUGGUCAUUUAAAAAAUGCUACAAUGACUUCCUAUUAAAGGUUCAAUAUUUACACAUUCUUAUUGGUCAAUAUUACCACAUGAAAUAUUGCCAAACCAAGAUACCUAAACUCAUGAUGUUUGUGGUGCUGUAAAAUUUAUACAACAAUGUGGAUGAUUUUGAAAUUAUAACCAUUUUUGAUGCCCUGAAUCUUGAGGUGACUUAUUUUGCAUAGAGGAUAUUAUUAGACCAACAGUAAGGGUUGUGGGUUAUAUCAGCAUAGAGAAAAGAAGAAAACUAGAAUUCAAACAACUGUGUCUUAGACAUUUGUUUGAAAAAGCUUCAUCAGGCCUUGGAGCAGUCAGUGCUUUAUUCAGCAAAAAUUAUUUGGUAGGAAAUUUUUGGGAGAUCUGAUUUUCUUAUCAAAGUUUUGUAAAUAGUUCUUAUUUCUAUAUUUGGAUUGGUGAAAGACCUCAAGUUUAUAUGUAAAGACAUAACUGCCCUUAGUCAUGAAAUUGUUGUGACCUCUACUUUUUGUCACUAAUAGCCUAUAUUCAAGUGCCUGUGUUUUUUCAUCUUGUUUAGGAAUGUUUUGAGAUUAAUGUGCUUAAAAGUCCUACGUGACUGGUUUUAAACAUUGGGAUAAAAUUAAUUUUCAGUAGAAUAGUUUAAUGUGUUAAAUAAGAUAGCAUUUUAUGUUAGAGAUACCAGAAUGCUGGUAUUCUACUACCUGUGCAAUAUAUUUGUUUUAAAAAACAAAUUCGAGAAUACAUUUAAUCAUAGGGAUAUAGACAAAAGCACCUCUCUAAAGAAUCUUUAGUUUCUGGUGUUGAAUUAUAGACCAGUUUGAGUAAGUACUGUUUGGUUUUUGUUUUGAGACGGACUCUCGCUCUGUUGCCCAGGCUGGAGUGCAAUGGUGUGAUCUCAGCUCACUACAACCUCUGCCUCCUGGGUUCAAACAAUUCUCCUGCCUCAGCUUCCCGAGUAGCUAGGAUUACAAGUGCAUGCCAUCACACCUGGCUAAUUUUUGUAUUUUAGUAGAGAUGGGGUUUCACCGUGUUGGCCAGGCUGGUCUCGAACUCCUGACCUCAGGUGAUCAACCUGUCUCAGCCUCCCAAAGUGAUGGGAUUACAGACGUGAGCCACCGCACCCGACCCAUAAGUACCGUGUUUGAGGUUCAGUCUUAAACAUUUGCUUUAAGAAAACAGUCUUGAAUUUCACAUGCUGCUAUUUUUAUAUUUUGCCAUUUUACAGUACUGUUUUGUUUUGAAUUCAUACAUAUCACUGAAAAUUUCUUGUUUUCAUUUUCUUAGAUGACUUCUUGUCUGAGACAGAGAAAAAAUUUCCUACUACAGCAGUGGGGUCCAGAGGUUAAGAUAUAUUAGAAUUAUACAGUAUCGGUUUAAAAAUCUGUAUGCAUAAAGAAUGCACCACUCAACUUUUUUAUUCAUAAGCUAAUAUUUUUUUAAAGUUAUAUUAGGAUUUUUUCUCUUUUGCAGCUACAUUUGAAAGUGAUAGCGUAAAGAGAUUUUAAUGAGUUAUCACUUUUUCUGCUGAUAUAUUCAUUAUAAUGGCUUUUUUGAAAGUUCCUUUUUCAUGAACACACCCGAGAAAUCUUAAAUAUAGACACUUUGCAAUAUUUCUAAUGCUGUUUAAUUUUGGUACAGCUUCCACAUUGCAUGUUCAUUUUAGCACAUUUUGGUAUUUGCAAUUUGAUAUAUUUCAUGGUGGCAAAAUAUUAGCUCUAUUUUGGGACAUUUAAAAAUAGAACUAUCCUUCUUCAAUAGCAUAGGAAAAUGUUCUUGUGAUUGUCAGGGUCUCCUAAUAUUUAUCUCAAUUCUUUUAUAAGUCUAUGGAAACUAUUUAAUUAUUUUCAAACGUACACACUUUUCUUGUAAAUAUGUCACAUCUGAGUUAAAAAAAAAUACUUUGAAUACCUUAAUAUUUGCUGCAUUUUUUUCCUGUAUAUAUAACAUGUCUUCUUUCAGAAUGGGAAUAUAUGUGUGCCUCCCAACAUUUACUGUUAAAGUCUGUUAUCUUUAUAUGUCAAACUGGUUGAACACUGUACUGACUUGAGAAUAAACUGCACAGAGUUUAUUCUGA